AUGAAUGUCUCUACUUCCACUUUCCAAUCAAGAAGAAGAAGAUUAAAGAACGUCGAAGAAGAAGAAAAUGCAGCUACUUUGCAAUUAGGACAGGAAUUUCAAGUAAAACAGAUAAAUCAUCAAGGUGAAGAAGAAGAACUUAUCGCAUUGAACCUAAGUGAAGCUCGUCUAUUGAUCAAAGAAGCUUUGAUAGAACGUAAAAGAGCUUUAAAAAGAUCUCAACGUAAAAAUACAGGUAAUGAUUCCAAAAAUAAAAAUGAUCCUAGCAAUUCCACAGGAUCGUCAAAUGAUAAUAAUGAAAACGACAAUAAUGAUCACGAUGAAGAAGAUAACGAAUUUAUGCAAGCAGAAACUCGUGAAAAGGAAUUGGAAUCUUUGGAUUCUUUAUUAGAACAGACUACUACAGGUAAUAAUAAAGAUUUGAAAAAUACUAUGGAAUAUUUGACAAAUUUUUCAAGAUUUAGAGACCAAGAAACUGUUGGUGCAGUCAUUCAAUUAUUGAAAAGUACUGGUUUACAUCCUUUUGAAAUUGCUCAAUUAGGUUCAUUGGCCUGUGACACCGCAGAUGAAGCCAAAACUUUAAUACCAAGUUUAAAUAACAAGAUUUCAGAUGAUGAAUUGGAAAGAAUAUUAAAGGAAUUAUCAAAUUUAGAAACCUUAUACUAG